AUCCCCACCUGCACCUGCCUGUAUUCCUUCAGCUGGGAAUACAAGGAUAUAACUUCUCAACUACAUCAAUAGCCUUAAAAAAGGUUUGGUCUGGUUGAGGUAAGGCAUUGCCUGCAGAUUGUUUUUUAAAAACAACAUUUUCUGAGCUUUAUUGGACUGAGGUUUCUUCAAGAACUUCAGGAAAAAUGUGUUUUUCUUCUUGUCAUCAACUUUCCAAGAAAUUUUAUACUACUCCAUGAUGCUACUGGAAAUCAGACAUUUCUUGGAGGUAGCAGAAGAAGAAGGUAUUCUAUAGCUCUGAACUUUUAUGGACUCUUCAGGAUUACAAGGAUACAAUAGCAGCAAAACUUUCCAGGAACAUUUGGAUUGGUGUGGUUGUGACAUUACUACAGUAAAUAUUGGUUUCAACAGACAAAGUUUAGGCAGAGUAGAAGGUACGGAGUAGAUCUUUCCGAACAUCCGCAGACUCAGCAAGAUACACAUUUCGAUCUAUUUAUCCUCAGAAUGUUUUCCUAUGAUCGGAUGAUUUCAAUGGCACAGGAGCAUCAGUGAUGUUGUCUACACUUCCAAAGUUUUGGGAUUGGUGUGCUUAGUAUUUGUUUUUAAAAAAUAACCCUUGGUAGUGAAUGUAUCUUUCAGAAGAUGUUUGGACUAAAUAUCAUCCAAAUGCCCAGCAACCUUUGAACUGGUUGUGACACUGCUGCUGUUACUGGGAAUUGUCUUUGAAAGACAUCUCGGCAUGUAGAAGUAUAAUAGAAGGUUUUAGUUGAUCUGUCUAUAGAUCUCUGUGUCAUUGGGUUUUUCCACUAUAUUGGGAUUACAUUGAUUCAACAUUCAUCAACAUCAUCAGUUUUCCAGGGACCUUUGACUUGGGGUCAUGGUAGAAACUAUUGGAAACCACCUUAGAAGGUAGCUCAGUUAAAGGCAUGUAGAUAUUUUAAGAAGAUCUUUAAACUAAGCAUUCUUCAAUAUCUUGUGAGACUUUGCCCAGAGGUUUUUGAAGGAGUGUGGUUGAGUAGAGGUGUUGUGAAAUAUAGUUUUUGAAUAGGAGCCUUUUGGACAUCCCUAAAUAGUGUAUCAGGUGUAUCUUUGAACAACAAAGAAGACCUUCCUAAAGAUAUCUGCACGCAUCUUGCUAUUAAAUGUGUUCUUUGCAUUGAGAUUGAGGAUCAUUGGUUAAUUAGUGAUACCCAGCCUCAACUAAAAUGGCCGAUUCCUCUCCAUCAGCGUUCUCAGUUUGGUUUUCUCAGUUCUCAGACACAGUAAAAGCCUCCUUCCUAAACCUAGGACCCAAACCAAACUCUGACUCAGAGUCUGAGGUCAUAGAGGUGAACCAAACUCAGGUGGACGUUUCAUCCAUGAGUUCCGAGGAGAGGCUUCAGGUCAUAAAUGCUCAGCUGGCUUCCAGAGGUCUAAUAGAGCCAAUAGCAGGUCGUCUGACUCCCAUUAAUGAGGAAAUGGAGGAUGUGGAAAGCAGGCGAAGCAUUGCGUCCUCACAUCCACCCAGUGCUGUAAACAGUUACGGGGAUGAUGGUGAGAUCUCCAGUUCUUCAGACAGUGAGGAGGAGAUUGUGAAGCGCUUCGAGAUAUCAGUCUCAAGGUCUCAGAGUUUUCGCUCUGGAAUCUCAGAAGUCACUACCCAGAGUGCACCAGGGCGAGAGCGCAAGUUUGAACGGCUUCUCCCUGAACAGGAGGUGAAGGAGGAGGGCAGCACUGAACCAUCAGACUGUGAAGACGCAGAAGGACUUAGCAGAAGAAGUUUUCAAGAGCCACUCUCAGAGCAGAGGGAUCCUUUAACAGAGUCACUGUUCCAAAGAGACCUUAGUGUGGCAGAUGCAUCAUCUGUUAGGGGACGUGUGUCCUCUGUGGGCUCUCAGGGAUCUGAGACACUGUCCCGGGGUCAUAAAAGUCGGCAGGGAAGCUUGGGACGCCGGACUCCUUUGUCACACACAGAGAUGGACAUGGCAAUGGAUAAUCCAGGUUACGAUUACAAUGAGGCUACAGACAGCUCGUCUACCUGGAGCCCUGAGCAUGAACGUGCGGCCAGCGUAAUCUCAGAGCCCCACCCCCCAAGCACAACACCCCGCCUGCCAAUCUCCAAAUGUGGUGACCUAGUGAUUGUUCUCAGUUACCGUCCUGACUCCUCUAAGCUUCUGGUCACCGUAGUGAAGUCGCUGGACAUCCCGGAUAAAGCGCGGAGCGGCAUGGACACAUGGCAGGUGCGCGUGGUGCUGUUGCCAGGAAAACGUCAACGUUACAAGACCGCCGUGCAGAGGGGCUCGACUCCACGGUUUGAGGAGACAUUCCGCUUCACAAGACUCGAUGCCUCUGAGUUGAAGACGUCGGCUCUGCGCUUCCGCCUGUACGCCAUAGGCAAGAUGAACCGAGAGAAGAUGAUGGGAGAAACCAUCUACUCGCUCAACAAACUCAACACCGAAAGACACGAGGUCACGCUCGUCCUGGAACCUCGCAGCAACCUGAAGGCUUUGGACUCUGAGCUGUGUGUGAGUGCUCCUCCUGACAGCACCUCCUCCAACCAGUCUCUCUCUCACGGUGGAAUUCCUGAGUUGCUGCUUGGUCUGGCCUACAACCCCACCACAGGUCGCCUCUCAGUUGAGGUCAUCAAAGGGAGCCACUUUCGCAACCUGGCACUCAACCGACCCCCUGAUACGUACGCAAAGCUGACUCUGCUCAACUCCAUGGGUCAGGAGAUCUCCCGGUGCAAGACGUCGGUGCGCCGCGGACAUCCUAACCCGGUGUUCAAGGAGACGUUCGUCUUCCAAGUGGCGCUGUUCCAGCUCUCUGAUGUCACCCUCAUGGUGGCCGUUUACAACCGCCGCAACAUGAAGCGCAAGGAGAUGAUCGGCUGGCUGGCACUGGGCCAGAACAGUAGUGGCGAGGAGGAGUCGCUUCACUGGCAGGACAUGAAGGAGAGCAGCAACCAGCAGGUGUGCAGGUGGCACGCUCUCCUCGAGGCGUAGACGAACAGGACAGAUGGAGGAAGCUGAUGACAGGAAUCCAACAGCAUCAGCAGGGUUGGGCUUAAAAUGGUGACAGCAAUGAGAUCAUACGAAACAGAACAAAUAACAAAAUCCCAUUAGCAAAGGAAACAAAUAUGCAGGGGAGAUUUGAUGGUCGUGGUGUAAGAUUGGACAGAUGAUAUAAAGCAAAAGAAAUACACACCUUCAUUCCUUACAUGUCAUGUAAACCACACUGCAAGAAUGGGGUUAAAUAUUAACAGGCACACAGAAGCAUUGUUCUCAAAAAUAUCUUUCUAACAAAAGAGAAGGAUUAUUUCUUUUAUUAUUAUCAUUAAAUAAUCCAAUUUGAAAAGAUUUGGACCAUAAACAUGCACAGAUGCACUAUGUACAAACUUCAGGGUGCAUCACAUGUAGUUAAAAAAAUUGAAUUGAAUUGAAAUAAGAAUGAUCAUUUCUCAUUAAAUGUACAGUACACUGCUGGUUCUGGUAUCAUGGUCACUGCAGUCACUCCACUUAUUACCUCUUCUGAGUAAGCAUUUUAUAAAAAAAAAAAAACAGAAACAUUACAAACAACAAUCAUAAAGCACAUAAUUGUAAGUAUAAUAGUACAAAACAAAUACAUUCAUCUGGACAUCUUCAGGUUACUGGCCUAUGAAAGAUAGUGUAGUGGGAAAGGAAAAUGUUUUCUGAGAGAGAGAGAGAGAGAGAGAGAGAGAGAGAGAGAGAGAGAAUUGAGAGAUGAUAAGCUGGUGGUAAUGGAUUUCCAUUAAAUGUUGUUAUAAGGUAAAGGCUAAAGUCGAGCAAGAGGAAGAUAUCAUUAGAAGACCAUGAGACAAAAAUGCAUAUGGUGAUGGAAAGACUGCAAUUCUAUUUUUGCACAUUUGCCAGUUGCACUUUACAAUGAAUCUCCUGUUGUAUAAUGGUUUCUCCACAACAUUAGACAACUACCACCACACUAGAUCUAUUAUUUCCCCAUAACAUUAGACACCACCAGGCUAGAUCCAUAAUUUACCUACAAAAUUACACCAAUACCAACAGGGUAGAUCUAUGAUUUUAAGAUAUCGAUGCCAAAUUUUGACUUUGUAUCAUCUUAAUUUUAUAAUACCCAAAAUCAUGUUCACUUGUAUUUUUAUUAUUUUAUUCACAAACCCUAGGGUUGAUUCUGCAACAAACACAGAUCUCAAAUCUCAACACAUUUUAGAAAUGAAAACCUGUUUUGAAUUCAGUAGUGUGGAAUGUGAAGUUUUUUCUGUUCCUUUUCUUUUAUAUAUAAUUUGCAGGCAAAAAAUACAGGCCUGCAAAAAAUGGAUUUUUUAAAUAGGGUUUAUAUAAUUCUUUUUCACACCAGUGUUAUUCUUUUAGUCUCUUGUUCUCAACCAACCUGUAAUUUCUUUCAAACGUUACUUACAAAGGCCUGGGUGCUCAAGGUCAUGUAUGAGCUAGAAAAAAAUUAACUUACCUAGCAACCCAUAGCAACCACAUUCCUGUAUCUUUUCAGAAUUCAUAUUGCAGAGGAAACAGAGAUGUACCGAGGUUUAUAGUGAAGUUAUCAAAUGAAACAAAAAAGUAUUUAUAUAAUGAUAAUAGUAAUAUUUAAUAACAAGCUGUUGCUCAGUAACCCUUCAACAGACACAAGCCCAACCUUGAUGAUUCAGUUGGAUUGCUAGUAUCAGAGAUGACUUUAAAGGAAGAUUCUGAUUCAGUGCUUGAUAAGAAAAUUCUGCUAAAAUAUGCAACAUACUUCAACUUGAUGUCUCCUGAUGUUUCCUGAAGUUUCAACAAAGCAUGAAUUCACACAGUGUGUGCAUCAACCCAUGCUUUAUUCUCAAAGACUGAACUUUUAGGACAACCAGAAUCAUCUCCUUUACAUGGUUUACAUUAUCAGUCCUUUUCAUCUCCAGGAAGUGAUGUCACAGCUCAGCUCAACUUGGAGUGCUUGCUCCGCCAUUAUCGCUGCUCGAGCGCUCGUGAUUGCGUGAAAGGAAGCGUAAUUAUAUGCCUCUGAUGAACUCAGUCUAGCUUGGGGCUUUUGAGCGGAGGAUGCUGUUGCUGGAUGUGUUGUGGAAAAAACAUCUGUAUCUUAGUAGACAAGUGAUGAUGAUGUUUUAUACGGUGUGUUCAUUAGUUGUUAAAGAAUGAAAUCAGGAAAUGCCCAGGAUGUAGUAAGAUUAAUGCACAACAAGCCAAAUAACGAUAUUGUCCAUUGGGGUAAUGAGGAAUCACAGCACUAUUUUUAAAUCAUAUUCUCGAUUCUAAUUGGUCAGAAGGAAUUGAUGUAUUUUCUCUAACAGUGGCUAUGAUAAAUAUUUUAUUUUAGCAUGUAUGGAAGGAGUCUUUAGUGUCAGAGCUAAGAAAGAGCACAAAAAUGAAAGAAAGGCUUGUAAGGGAAUGACUCUUUACAGCUACUAUAAUGUAAGUGACAGCAUUAGCUACCUUCAACAGCAUUAUACCAAGUGCAAUAUGUUGUUGCUAAGAGUAAUGACUUCUGGGUAUGAUAUUAAAGGGUAAAAAUAACCAAACAACUUAGUAUUCAGUACAAUAUCAUGUGUAUUAUGAUGCCUUUGAAGCUGUAAUGUCACACGGGGUUGUACAACUUAAACCUUAAACACCAUGAAUUUGUUGUAUUGUAGCUUUGGAACGUCACAGUAUAUAAGCCGAGGUCGUUUUUUAGAGAUGAAAAUCAUGUAAAAGUGUUUACAUUUCACAUACUGUCCAUUGUCCAGCCCUUUGUCUCGGAUAAACUGCAUGUCUGGAAUUUACAGAGGCUCAAACCCCUUAUGUUGUCUGUGACGAGCUGAAAUAUAUUUGAAUAUAACGCAUGUUUCGCUCUGUACGUGAAUAUGAAGUGCCUGAUGACGUGUUACAUCUGCAUGCAGUGUGCGGAUGGAUAGAGAAGUUAGAAUUUAGACUCUACAGCGUUAUGGAGACGCAUGUAAACGUGUGUGUGUAAAUCGUGUGUUCCAAUGUUUUUGUAUUUAAUAAUAUAUUUUUGUCUAUCA